GAAGGUUUCACAACUCUUUGUCCAGGGUGUUGUUGUUGACCUUUAGGAAGGUUUGGACUGGUAUCAGCACACGAAGCGUGCCCAUGAUCCCGGUCCGAAGCUGGGAAUCCAACUUUCCCCGGGCCCAUUCCUGAAGUUGACUUUCCACAGUGGGAUUUCCUUCAACUGUGAGAGUAGCUGCGGGUUGUGAUCACGAUUGCCUUGCACAGACCGUUCUCGUCCACCGUACACAAGCGAUUUAUCCUCACUUCUGGGGAACAAGUACGGCACGCACCGAUCCCGUUUCGCUGCUUAUCAAGUUAUCACACUCAGCAGAUCCCCGACUGGCGGGCACGGCCAGCAUCUUGUCAGACCAUGGCAGAAAUAGCAACCCCCCCAUCAUAAACUGUCCUGUGAUGACGGUACGGCACCUGACGCGAGAAAAUGUUUAGAAUUCCGUCGAUUGCAGAGCGUGUGCUCAUAUACAAGUACUGCACUAUCGGCACCGGUACUAAAUUUACCAUUGAUACGAACUUGGGUCUCGCUCGCACCAAGGACAGAAUGGCGGGGAAGAACCGAAAGAAAGAGAGGGAGGGUGCGCGGAAUAUUCCUUACAGAAAUAGCCGAGCCGGAAGGAUGGAACGGAGGAAGGGGGGGACAGAAAAUUAUUUUUGUCGCAUUCCUAUACAUUCCCCUCGCUAUCCUCCACAAUACCGUAUCAUUCAAUUGUUUCAAUAUUGCGAAGGCCAAUGUCUCGGUGCGGGCAAUGCCCAAGUUUGUACCGGUGGUAUAAGAUAGUAUGAUCCAUCAAACACACACCCCUGCACUUGACGAUAUUCUAACUCUUUUUCCCACCUUACUGUACAGGUGACAGGUAAAACGGCCAUACUACGACCAAAGCUGAAACAGCGGGAACAUACUGUGCCGGUACCGGUGCUCGCACUUGUACUCGUACUGGACCGUACUAGCAAAGUAUCAGUGCCGUACUUGUGCUGAACUCGUAUCAGUGCACCUGCAUGCAAGCAAUGAAGAUCAAGUCAACAUUACCGAACCGAAAUCUCAGGACCCAUCCUGUACACCGGGGCACAAAAAGCAACUCUCUUGUUCGAGCUGGGUUUUUUUGUGUGUUGAAUCACAUCACAUCAUGGUCCAAGUCAACCCAACUCAACUCAAGUCCUUAUUAAUAUUGGACUAAAUCGGUGGUUCAUAAUGCUCGUACCGUACCGUAGCGGUAUCCUCCCUCGGAGUGCUGUGGACUCCAAUGCCGCAGCCAGGCACAAGUAAUAAUAUUGGUAUUAUCAUAGUCAGUGAAUAAAGUGCUGUGUGCCGUGAAAAACAAAGGAGAUG